AUGUCGCCCCCUACACGCACACACACCCCCUCCCGGUCACCUCCCUCCGGGGGCCCCUCAAACGCCUCAGCCCCUGCGCCACGGCAGAACUCACCUCCCAUGGGCCAGCGGGUCCGGGGUUCGCGGCGAAGCAGAAACAGCUGCCGCCUACGGCAACUGGCGGGCGGUCACGGCCCCUACCCCCCGCGGGUCCGCGAGCCUGGCAAGGGCACCACUGGGGGCGGCGCGAGCCCUCCGCCUCCGCCCGGUCACGUGGUCCGGAGCCCUGGGCUCCCCUCGCCUCCCCGCGGCGUCCCUCCGCCACCUAGGGGUCCCGCAGCGAUGCCAGCCCUCAACGCCUCCCUUUUCUGCGCCUGCGCCCCCAGCUGCAGCCGCUCUCAUUCAAACCGGCCACGCCCCGCGUCUUUCGGACCCGCCAAUGACCGGCGGCGGGGCGGGGCGCGGGGGGGCGGGGCGCGGCUUUCGCCCCCUCGCUGCCUUCUCCUGCCCGCCCAGGACCUGCGUGACGCACGAUGGAGACAGUCGGCGCAAACCACACCUGCGGCUACGAUUAAGAGCCUGAGACCAGGCGGCAGGGGACGGGAGAGGUCGGGCUGCACCGACGUGGACGACGCCGAUUUUUCAGAAGAUACAACUUGUAAGCAGCAGGAGGAGCUGCCUUAUGACGGGGGUGAUUAUGACUUUACCUCAAAAAAUGACAUCCUCGAGGGCUCACAUCAAACCAUUUUAACAGCAGAUGGCCCUCAAGAGAAGGCUACACAUGACAAGACCCGCACAAACACAGCGAAGGCCAUGCCUCUGGGUAAAAUUACUGAAAGUCCUGUCAACAGAAAACAUGACAAAGAGAAGCAAUGCGCCGCUGUAACUCCCCACAUUCCAGCUGACAAAGGAGACACCUCAAAGUCCAACAUUUCCAACAUUUUACUCCAUCAUCUUUCCGAAGAGCACUUCUUAAGAGGUCCAGGCAUCGACUGUGAAACUCCCCCAGAGAUCUCAAAUGCUGACAGUUUCGAAGAAGCAGCUAUUAUGAAAAACAUUGUUUCAUGUUAUGUUAAGAACUCUUGGCCAAAAGAACAAACCUCAGAACUCACUGACCAACUUAACCCCGAAAGCGAUGGUGAAAACAGCAAUGAGCCCAGUUGUUCUCUGAACAUGGCAGAAGAAAAUACCUCUGAUUUAGAAGAGCCGGUGGCCGCUGGAGAUAGCAGCCAUCAAGAAAAUUCAAAUAUUCUAACUAAAAUCAAGGGUCCAAGUGAUAAACAAAAAAGCUGUCAAGGGCAGUCGCCCCAGAAACAGCAGACUGAAAAAGCAGGCUCAGGCAGUGCAUUCAAAUGCUGCCAAGGUCACGCCCAUUACCGGCUCCCUGAUUUCUCUAAGGCUGCUCCCAAAGUGAAAAUUCCUAAAAAUAACAUAGUUAAUAAACCAUUUACAACAGCUAAACAAGCCAGCUUUUCUCCUAAAUUGAGAAGUAAAUCAGCCAUGGUGCAAGAUACUUUAGAAACCAUGCCUAAGCCAAAGUGUGUUGAAAGACGACAUCAAGAGCAGACGGGGAAAAUGACUGAACCUUCACGACAAUUACAGAUGGAGCCUACAGGACAUACCCAACAAGAACUGCUCACAGGAACAGAAUCUGAGACAAGCCUCCUUAAGGUGUCAUCGACCUCUCAGAGAGACCCUUCCUCAAGUUCUUCUAAUAUAUUUCAAAAGAUAUCUCAAGGGAAACAGAUGUGUCAGAAGUUAAAAGAACAGACUGACCAACUGAAGGCUAAAGUACAAGAAUUUUCCAAAAGAAUAAAACAGGAUUCUCCCUGUCAUUUGCAAGACAAGAGACUGGUCCUGGAGCACCUGCAGGGACAUCUUGAACUGCUGGAGCAGAAGUUUCUGGCCACCAAGGACACACAGCUGGCUCUGCAGCAGCACACGCACAAGCACGGAUCUGCAACCAUUGGUGACUUUGAUCCAGAAAGAAAAGUGGAAGGUGAAAUCUUCAAGUUGGAGAUGCUACUUGAAGAUGUGAAAGAAAAAAUUGACAAAAGCGAAUAUACUUCAGCUCUCUCUCUCCCUGCGAGUUCUCCAGGCAUCCCGAAUGGCUUGGCAUCCAGACCUUCUUCACUCUCACAUGAGGUUCCCAAGGAGCACCCUGGCUGCCCUCCCGGGGCCGGGGCCCAGGUGAAGACGACAGGGACACUCCAGGGAGGGCCGCACGAGGCCCCCUCCAACAAGGAGCCCCACGAGCUGGCCCCGCAGACUGAUGGGGAUGCCCAGGGCCAGCCAGAUCAAACGGCCACGGCGCUGUCUUCUGAUUCCAGGGAGGACGUCUGCGGCACCUCGGGAACGCAGGAACAUGCAGAGACGACGGCACCCAGUCUGAGCUGUGCCUUCUGCCGCCAGCGCCUGGAAUGGAAGCAAAAAAUGGAGAAAAAAGGCCACGGAAGGAUCAACCUUGGAGGGUUUUCAGUUGUCAUUCAAGAAAAGGCACUGCGCUCAGAUUCAGCUCUCAGUUCUAAUGCAGGACACAGCUUCUGUUCUGAUCCUGGAACCGGACGGCAGGGUAGCAAAUGUGAGGACGGCGGCACUAAGAUUCCUAACUCCAGAAGAGUCUGCAGUAAAGAACCACCUAAAGAAUUUCAUUACAGAUACAACACUCCAGGACAGAAUUACUUAAAUCAUAGCGAAAGAGGUGCCUUUGGCCAGCCCCGCUCUUUAGAUGAAAGUAAAACUUCUUCACCUUCUCGUUCAAAACCAAAAUGGAUCCGUUCCCAAAGAGUGAGUUCAAAAUCCUUUCAAGGUGAACGUGAGCCCACACCAGGAAAGAAAAACCCUCAGGCUUUUGAGACUUACAGCUCAGACUCUGCAACACCCUCAGCCCAUUUCCGCUCCUGCAGGAUCUCUGGAAGGAAAUCCUUGGGUGACUUUGACAGCACUGAAGAAACAAGAUCUGAGGUUUUAAACUUGGCUUUGGACCAUGCCCUAAGGACAGCAACCAAUUUGAAGGAAACUACUAAUCAAAUGAUUAAAACUAUUGCAGAAGAUCUUGCCAAAGCACAGAGGUGGAGAAAUCGACUGAAAUACUAG